GCGCUGCUCGGCAGCGGCGUGCAGCGCGUCGCUCGCCGGGCUGCCCGCCAGAGCAGUCACGGCUGCCGUCGGAGAACGGGGCCAGCGAGCCGAACACGCGGAUCCCUCGAAGCGCGGGCGAGGGCAGUCCGCGGCGCUCCCUUCGUCGCUCGCCGGCGGCGCGCGAGGCGGUGUGCCGGCGGCCCGCGCCGUCCGCCGCCCGACCUCAGUCGCCGUCGCGGACAGCGGACGGCAUGCGGAGCGCGGCCGGCACCGGCGGCAGCUCCAACGCUAGCGCGGGGCUCGUCACUCGGAGCUACGACGUCUGGUUCAAUGUCGACGCGGCGACGACUUCGGCGAGCGCCGAGACAGCUGCGGCCGUCGACGGACCGUCGCCCGUGCACCUUCUCUGCACCAGCCUCGGGGCCACUGUCGGACUCGUGCUCAACGCGUACAUCCUCGUCGUGCUCUUGUGGCAGCGCCAGUUUCGCACGGCCAACAGCCUGCUCCUUCUGCACCUGGCGUUCGUCGACAGCGUGUUCUGCCUGCUGGUGCUCGGGUCGAACGCCGUGUUCGGCGGGCUCUCCGCCCCGGCGGACGUGAUCGACGCCUCCGGUGCGUGCUACGUGCAGGGCGUCCUGUGGGCCGUCGUGCCCGCCGUGGCGGUGUGGACGCUGUGCGGCCUCAGCUGCGAUCGGUACGCGGCCAUCGCGACGCCGCUCCACUACUCGCGCCUGGUGAACACGCGGCGGACGUGCGCGUUCCUCGGCGUGUCCUGGAUCGUCGUCGCGGGUGCGGCCGUGCCCCCCCUGGUGGGAGUGUGUCCCUACUCGUACGGUCCAUCGCGAUGCGUUUGCGUGGCAGCGUGUGCAGGCAGCGGCCAGGACGUGCUAGCCGGGACCGCGAGUUCGUCGCCUGUGGGACUGGGAUACGCGCUCAGCUACGUGUGGCUGGCGCUCGUCUUCCCCGCGUCGCUCAUCGCCGCCAGCAACCUGCAGGUGAUGCUCAUCGCGCGGACGCACAGGCAUCGCAUCGUGGCCGCCAUCUACGAGGUGACCCUUCGGGCGCAGGCGACGGUGACGCACCAGCGCAACCCGUGGUACCUGGCCCGAUUCCGGGGCCGCAGCGCCCUGCUGGCGACAGCCCAGCUGGUGGCCUCGCUGGCACUGCUGACGGCGCCGCACUUCGCUCUUCUCCUGUGGGAGGCUUCGACCGGCAGCCGCACUCCACCGCUGCUCGGCUCGGCCACUACGGUGCUGCUGUGCUGGAGUCCGUGCGCGCACGCGUACGUGUACGGCGUGCGCAGCCGGGCGCUGCGGCAGACGUUCAAGGACCUGAUCCGGAGGCACGUCUACCGGCAACAGGUAUGCCGCGAGGUCGCCAGGCGUGUGUCCGCUGCCAACGGCGGGACGCCCGGCCGACCGAAGCUCAUCCGCCGCUUCUCGGCCCCCGACGGCCUGGGUUCCUCCUCGGUGGUGGUGACCAACGCGCGUCGGGCGCUGCCCCGGAGGGCGUCCGAGAAGUGCAUGCUGCUGCGCACGGGCAGCAGCAGCCUGACCGGAGCCGGCAGCUGCGGCAUCGGUGGCGCGGGCGCCGCCGUGCUGUGCGCGGCGAUGCCUUCGUCGGCGCCCUCGACGCGCCGUUCCCUGCUGAUGCUGGAGCCGGCGACGAAGCCCAGCAGCCGGGCCUCCGUGUUUCCCCUCAUACUGGAACACGGCCUCAGCGAAGAGGACGAACGAGGACCGCUCGGUGGAGGCCUACGGACCGACGACGACGACGACGACGACAUGUCGCGGUCCAGGUCGCCGCCGUCGAGGGCCACGCCCGACUCCACAGACACGAGGUCAGUGCGCCCGUCGGCGAAGCCCGCAACAAAGUGGCAACACAAAGUGGCACGAGGAAAAAUGAACUGGAACGUGUUUGAAUAUUUGCACGCUCAUUACUGUACCUGACGUCAGCGUGCUUUGAGGCUAAGCACGCUCAGUUGCGCCGCCGCAAUGUGGUUCACAAGCUUUCUUUUUUUUUUUUGCAGUCAUGCUUCGGAGCACUAAGGAACAGUAAGGAAUACUAAGGCAAACUAACGCAGAAUACAAACACUAUGUGAAGCUGAGGUAAAAAUUAAAAUGCGUAAUUUUUUCUUCAUGUUGUGAUGGUAGCAGCUAUAUCCAAUCGGGAUUAUUCCCUUAGUGCACUCUAAACUGUCCACUUGAAAGAGGUAACCUCGUUUCUGUAGAAAACUCAACCAUAAACGUUUUCAGCCUCGAAGCAAGAAUCUGUACAACCUGCAUCCUUAUAUUGUGCGCCAAGAAAUAGUUAGUUGCUUCCCCUAUUAUGUCAGGGACUGGAAAUCUCUCUAGGCGAGGUACUCAGACUCAUAUUCGAGCUCUGCGUGUGCAGCAAUCUCACGUCACUCCUCCUCCUUCCUGUUGUGUGACAGGUCCAGUUCUUCCACAUUGCAGAAGCCAAACUACUUAUGUCCCAUAGGCCACAAAGCAGUGUAGCAUUGUAGCAAAAUACCACAAAUGCCGGAAAUGUCACUCUGCAUGAGUGAGGCUACUCGACGCGUCUUCUUGCUCACACUUCCAAGCAAUGCUAUGAAGAAGAGAAUAAUUCAGUGCCACUCCAUGCGCUUGGAUUGGCUCCGACGUGGUCGCGUCCCAGGUCACGCAGUCGCAGCGCUCCGCUAGCUUAGAUAAACUUAAGCCCUGUGAAUUCUUGACAUUAUAUAUAAUCCCUACCGAGCUUCUAAAGCGUUCAGAGAACUUUGUACAUUAAAGCUAGUUAAUGUAAAUGUGAACUUUUCUAUGUUCUAUAUAGUCUAGUAUUAUUCUCUGGAAAAAUAAAGCACUAAAUCGCAACUGAUUUGAGCCCUACGUAUUCUGUUGCACCAACACUAUAAUAAAUAAAAAGGACGUUUCUGUGGACUAGGCAAACACAAAAAUAGUGCAAGAAGGUAAGAUAGAGUCAAGAAAUUUUCGAUGGGUACCCUGCGCUGUUAGAAGCAGGCAAAGGUGGCAGAACAGGAGGCUGUCAGAAUAAUGUCAACGUGGAAUUGGGCUCGGACACUAUAAUACUGCCGUCAGGCGCGCAUCAACCGUCGUAACAUAUCAGAACGCGACAUUAAAAUUUGCAGAGAGGACCCUUGGAAGUUUUCCGCUUUUCCAACAAAGGAGGUUGGUUCCUUUUGGUGGUGCACACUGAAGAGAGUCGUCUCGGCCCGGCUUUUUUUCUUUUUCCUUUAUAGGCGUUGAGGCAUGCCCAUUCGAAUGACACGAACCACUAACGCUACCGUGGGCACAACAUUGCGAUUGUCACCGUGACACUUCAUGCUAACACCAUUUAAAGCGACUCUAGGAGGAAAUACUAAGUCAAGUUAGAUGAAACGUUUGCCUCCGGUAGUAAUAAAUUCGUUGGUGGUAACGACAGAAGAAGGUCCGCAAGCGAGAAAAUGACGAAGAAACGGAAAGCCCAAGUGAUGAAACCUGUGGUGAACUAGAGUAUCAUGUGACCUUGGCAAUUCGGGCGGCUACCGCUGCCGGCAACCAGGGAGCCGGAGACGACGUGUGCACGAGCCAAGGGCAGAAAAGGAGAGCGGCCGCACUGCUGACACCGAGAUGGGAGAAGCGGGGGGAGGAGGCAAGUGGGAGGCGUAUAGUGUUUAGCCAGAGCGAGCCGAGCCAGGUGGUUCGUGGAACACCGCCGGUGCCAAUUGACCGAAUGGCUGCUGAUUUGCAGAAAGCGGCAGAAGGCUACGUGGAGAUCAAGACAACUUCGCACUUUUGUCGUGGGUGAUUCAAAUUAAGGAACGGCAGCGGGUCUUUCAGUGGCACGACUCUACGGAACAGAGUCGUAUAUUGGCGCAAAAAGAAACGAAGUAAAGCGAUGCGAUGAUGGCCAACUAGACAGGAGAUAAGUCGAUGUAACUCAACUUAACAUUUUACCCGCCGUGGUUGCUCAGUGGCUAUGGUGUUAGGCUGCUGAGCACAAGGUCGCGGGAUCGAAUCCCGGCCACGGCGGCCGCAUUUCGAUGGGGGCGAAAUGCGCAAACACCCGUGUACUUAGAUUUAGGUGCACGUUAAAGAACCCCAGGUGGUCGAAAUUUCCGGAGUCCUCCACUACGGCGUGCCUCAUAAUCAGAAAGUGGUUUUGGCACGUAAAAACCCACAAUAAAAAAAAAAAAAAAACUUAACAUUUCCCUCGGAUGAUCCAUUGAGUCGCUCAGUAGCCCAAGGCUUUAGCCGUUGUAACCGCGAUAUCACCGACGUAUCUGUUGUCGGUUAUGUGCGGCGAUAGCAUGCGCACGCCAAUCGUCUCUGUUCACUUCCUGACACUACCAUUUCAUUUCGUGGGCUAUCAUCCUACCAGGGAUAUAAUUUAAACGAGGGCUUAACGUCUCGUUAUAGUGGUUACUCAUACUGUUUCGCUAUGGGCACACCGGAGAGGAGGAACCCGGAGCUAUUUCCGCAGGACCGACAGUAUAGCUGUUCGGCUAUGGUGGGAAUGAUGGACAGUGCGUCUUCAUGUCUAAGCUUUGCCUUUAUGGCCAUGAACUUCUUCGAGGGUUUUUAAAGCAAUUAGGCCACUAAGUGCUAUCGUUCGACAAGUUGGAUGGCGUCGCAAUUAAUAAGAAAUAGUGGCGGCUUACAAAUAAUUACUGUUGCAGUUCACUCCACUUGACAACGUGUUCGUUUGGAUGGCAAGAGAAAUACUAGCUGCGUUGCGAUGGUUACCGACAUAGCGGUUGCAAAUGAAGCUUUGCAAAGGUUUCUUGCGACACGAUUCGCACUGAUUAAAAAGAUGCAGCAGAAGACUAUACAAUGCGUUCUUUUAAUGUGAACCUUCAUCCUGUUUUCCAGCAUGGCGCAAUACGUGAAUGUUAUACCGGCAGUCAUGCUUACAAGUGCGCGGCAACGGAAAGCAUUCAGCGAACCCAGAUCCUCCUCACAGUGCUCGGCGAGCUAGAACACAGCGAGCUAAACAUGAAGCCCAUAUACGGAGCCUGCCUUCGUUCACACGUAUCCAGUGUCUCCUGCCACAACAGAGAGCUUGAACCGGCAUAAGAACGUGCAUGUCGCGGAUCUGUAACAUUCCGUUUUGUUAAAUUUGUUUAAACAUCUUCUUGGAACUUUUUUUAUAUGACACGCUUCUACGUCCACGUGGAUGCAAGAGAGCGCAUCAUGAUUGCUGCGCAUGAUGAAGCUAUUCUGAAGUCCUACUGCUACACAUGAGGCGAGUUACCCUCGUAGUCGUUGUCGCUGUGAUGUUUUAGUGCGGUAUGCCAGCUGUGACAUGGAAAGCAUUAUGAGCGCACAUGCGGCCCUGCCGUCGAUCGGCGUCGGCGCGUCAAUUUCGCACGACGCAACUGCCGCAACGUAAUUUAUCCUGAUGCGUGUUAGCCGAUGGUUGUAAAGGCCUCAGGCUAAGCAGACGGUUUUAGAGACGCAUAUGUUAUUGCGACUGCCUGUGGUCCUUUAUCGUACACCAACGUGCCGCACAUGCAAAUCUCUAUAAUUGCGCACCUCCAGCGGAAUGUUGCCGCCCCUACCGUCACUCGAACCUGGGCCUUGCGCUCGCCUAGCUUACAAAUGAUUGCCCUCACUGUGGCAUUGCUGACAGAGUACGACUGCACCCUACGCGACGCGUUACUGUCGUGCGCUAGAAUCAAACGCGUUCGGAGAGUCUCAUAUCAGACUUCUGUGCUGCGUCCGCUCGUUGGUUGAGCGCAGAAUCGCAAACGUUUCCGGAAAACCUUGAAUUCUGGGCAAUCACAGACGUCGACUCAGGCUGUCCGGACUGUAAUGAGAUUUAUUGUUCCUUAGCGCACAUGCUCUGGCAAUGCCCCGCGUUACCUAACGACCCUCUAUCCAGCGAAACCGACUGGCAAGACGCACUCCAGAGCCCAUCGCUCCAGACACAACUAGAGGCAAUCCAGAGGGCCCAAGAAAGGGCGGAACAUCACGGUAUUCCUGCCCCGACUUGGACGCGGCCAGCGACGUCCGCGGGUCCCCGAUAGGGGCCCCCGUUGAAGCUCCUCAGGAUCAAAUAAAGUUUAUUGUCUGUCUUUCGGUCUGGGCAAUGACCAAAUGGGCCCUCAUAAUAUUGGCGCUGAAGAAGAGUGGGAUACUUUUUUCUGUUACAUAUCUUUUUUUUGUUCUUGUUGAUGUCGUUGUUUGAAAGUACUUUUACUGCUCGAAUUGAACCUAUGAUGUUUGAGCAAUGCGCCGUGUGUAGUCGACUUGCCGAGGAGAGGCUCGCGCCAGUCUCAAAAGCAAGAUAUAUAAGAGCGGCUCAGAGACAAAUGGAGAGACAUUCGGAUUAAUUUCCACCACCUCUGGUUCUUCAACUGCCACACAACGCAAGCUACACGAACGUUAUCGCAUGCUGCAGCUCUCGAAAACGCGGCUACCGCGGACGUCAACAUCACCUGCAGGACCUGUCGGUAAUCAGAAUGCCGCACACACAUCCGAAACACUACUGUCUAUGUAUACCUGCCGCCAACAUGGUCACAAAUGACUCACUAGUCCGCGCACACGGGUUUCCCAAGUCGAAGCCCAUAACAGUGUAGCCACCCUUAAUGAAAAACGCAAAUCUGGGUGAUAUCGUAUUUGCUAACGGUGAAACAACGCGCACCAAAGACGGACUGCGAGGAAGGACAGAUUCAAGCAAUUAUCUUUUUUUCUAACUGGCAACUCGUGUUUUGUAGGUGUUUGCUGUUUGAGCGCUGAAUGGUAGUCGAAAACGAAAGCUUCCCAUGUUACGGCAUGUUGCGGGACAGCGACGAGCAAAAGUCUUCGGCACUCGACCCUUGUGUUCGUACCUUUGUCCGAGGAUCGUUUUACCCUCUCACAUUCUGAAAUAGUGCCGAGUUCCCCGCCAUCUUGUAGCAGCGUGAGCAUUCAGAAUCAUGCACAAACUCUAUCAUACCCUUCAGGCAGUCUGGGUUGUCGUCGAAUUGACUUCGACAGUGCUUGAAUCGAAUACAUAAAUAAUGCUGCAUGGAUGCCUAUGCAGAUGCGUAUAAACACACCCACCCACCCACCCACUCACCUCCCCCCCCCUCCGCAAACACACACACACACACACACGCACACACACACACACACACACACACACACACACACACAUACACACGCCUAGAAGCAGGAAAAAAUAUACGCAAGAGAAGUAACGGGACCUAAUCUACGCUUCAGCCGUUUGACCGGCACUCCGCACUCCCACGAAAGCCCCUAAACGUCUGUAUAUAUAUAUACAUGUGUGUGUGUUGUCACGUUGUAGUGACACCGGAGAACACAGUAGCAAAACUGUGCAUCACAAAACUCACUUUUUAUAGGGCGAACUUGUGCCCACUGAAACAGGCGACACUCGAAGCACGAUGGCGGUGAUCGCAGAAAUCUGCUGUGCUGAUCAAGCACGUCACAGCUUGUAUACAGGACUCGUCGAAGGUUCCAGCGUAAUCACUGGUGGCUGCAUGCCUUCCAGAGGGCACUUCACACGUCGUGUCGUGCGUACAAUCUGAUUACACAAGGCUCGGCGAGAACACACAUAACAGGUAGGAUCGGCGGUAGCAUUCCAGCCGGUUCCAAAUAAUGCCGGCGCGUCUUACAGUGAGCAAUAACAUUACGUUAGUGCGAUCAAAGUGCAGUCCCUGGAAAAGGAAUAAGCAUACGUGUUAGUACACACACACACACACACACACA